AUGCAGAUUAUUGAAAUUGAUGAUUCAGUAACGGAGACAGAAAUCAUCAGCCAAGUUACACCUGUCGGUGGAUGUAAUGUGAGCGACGUGAAGACGGGUGUUAUAAGGCAUCUGGCAAGUGAAUUAUGUGCCAUUUGGAUCCAGUGCCCGGCUGAUUCGGCACAGGCCAUGGUUAAGGCGGGCCGCAUCAGGCUGAGGUGGACAUCAGCCCGAGUCGUGUUGCUUCNCUCGAGGAAGCUCCAAUGUUUUCGAUGCUUGGAGUUUGGACAUGUGAGGACCACGUGUCCUAGCACAGUGGACAGGAGCAGCUUGUGCUACAAAUGUGGCGAAACGNGACACAAGGCGUUAACCUGUGUCAAUCGUGUUCGAUUGUCUGUCGGCAACAGACAGAUGUUCCCACUGUAG